AGGUAUAUAAACCCGAAGCAGGUAAUUCAUUUCGCAGUUUUAACUCCUUCCAGAGAGGCAGUUUCCGUUCCAGUAACGAAACCAAACGAGCCGGAAUUCAAAAUGACGAUUACGCCAGUAAAAGUGAUAUUUCAAUGUACAGCUGAAAAGAAACCAGUGUGGACUGACGUAAAGCUGACGAACCCUAUGAAAGAUAAACAAAGUUAUAAGGUGAAAUGUACAUCGGCAGACAUUUUCCGAGCUCAACCACCACUGGGAUUCAUAAAACCUGGAGAAACCGGAACGAUUCGUAUGUGGUUUCAGAAUAAAGAAAUUCCGGAAGGUCACCGACAUUACUUUGCAAUUUACCACAUCAAAUGUCCCGAGGGAAAGACUGUGAAGGAAAUUUGGACGAAAAACGUAAACGAAGGAGACAGAAGGCUUCCAUUUCUUCUGCACAGGAACAUCAAACUACAAGUCGCAUAA